CUAUAUGACUGACUGGAUAAUAACUAUUCCCCUUCUAGUGAAAACCAUACUACUGAGUUGCUACCAGUCAGUCAUCCUGCGGAAUGGAUAACCAUCAUGGAUGGUUCUUGUUAUACCUGCCGCCGCAGGCGCAUUGAAUGCGAAAUGUCAGAGCCGCCCUGCAAGAAAUGUAAGAAGGCUGGGAUAGAGUGCUUUCAGAAACGGCCUUUCAGAUGGGUCCAAGGGGCUGCUUUUCGGGGUAAGAAGAAAGCUGCAUCUGCCAAGGCCACGUCUUUUGCUCCUACGGCGUCAGCGAAGCUCAGCCGAACCCCGACAAGAACGGGUGAGGCAUGUCCCGAGGAUAAAAACUGUUCGGAGCCAAUAUUGGUCAGUUGCAAUUCGGAUAAUGGAAGGCUAGACUAUCUUGGAGACACUGUACCACUACCCCUAGAUGAUCCUUGCUCGUCUAGUCUAGACAAGGUAUCUAAAUACUAUUUAUAUUACUAUAGCAAAUGUGUUUGCAAACUCUUCGUUAUGUAUGACAGUAACAGGAACCCCUUAAGAAAAUUAAUCCCAGCCGCCUUAGACAACUCGGUCUUAUUAGCAUCCAUUGUCGCUCUUUCAGCGCGCCAUAUGGCUAAUGGAGAUCAAUCAUUCUAUGAAGCGGGGACACCAACAUUUCCGGGAUUAACUGAUGCCCACCAUAAUGCUCUUUGGUUCAAACACAAAGCCAUCAAAGAACUCUCAGAGGCUCUCAAUGAUGAAGCAUUUUACAAGCAAGAUACGAUAAUUGCGAGCGCUUUCUUAUUAAUAUUCCUGGAUCUUCUGGAACUGGGAAGUGAUAAGUGGAACUUCCACCUAGAAGGCGUAAAAAGUUUGAUCAAUCAGAUUCAAUCGCCCGCUGGGUCACAGGCAGGACCCCAGCAAGAUCUGGGGGAUACUAUUCAAGGGAUACGGGACUUUAUUAUUAGACAGGUUUACUUAAUUGACACUUUGGGGACAACGUAUACACGCCCUAGGCUACUAUCUAAAUCGGCUGCUUUGCGGCAGUCAUUAACGCCUCUGCAAAUGAGUGUUGACAAGUCCUAUCUAGGGUGUCCUGAAUACCUAUUAGAUACUCUGCGGUCGUUUGCACUUUGUAGGGACUGUCUUGCAAGCUCCGAACCUCUGGAUGACGCUACUAUAUACUCCUAUACAUAUGAAAUCAUGACUUUUCUUGACUCAACGCAGGCUUUCGACUGCCAAGCUUGGGCCACAGGCCUUUCCCUGCCACACUCAAAAGCUGAUAGACACAUGCUUUCUAUAUUGGCUGAAUCAUAUAAAGUCGGUACUUUAAUAUACGGCAGGCGUGUUCUUAGCGCUCUUACUGGGGAUACUACAUCCCUAGAUGGCCUGGUCCAAGAAUUGAUCUCUAGCAUCGACACCAUGAGGAGCGAUGAGGCUCUGUUCAAAUGUAUACUCUGGCCUAUGUUUGUGGCGGGUUUAGAGUCUCGACAACAGGAUCAACGUGACUUUGUGAUCUGUUGCCUCGAGAAAUUCUGGUUCGAAACAAAAUGUAUCAACGUGGUUAAUGGCGCCAAUCUCCUAAAAAAGUUCUGGAAAGAAGAUAGCCAGGAGGGGUCAUCAUCACAGUGGAUAUUUAGUAUUGGGCAGCUGGGGCGCGACUGGCUUCUUAUAUAGAAGGUGUGGCCAUACAGUCUAAGGGUGAAAGAGGUGAAAGAUGAUUGACUCGUGUCACUUAAGGUUGUUGCUGUUUAUACCUCAUUUUCUAAGGACCGAAAGGAAGAGAACAAUAUGAGGCCGAAUGGGCCGAGUUAGCCUUCGACGCAUUUCCCGAAAGGGCAAUAAAGUUGCGUGGUGUUUU